AGUCAAGUAGCUACGCAGUUGCUCGCUUUAGCGGAUUUGUUGGAAUUUUCCACGACGGAGUUUAAAAAAAAAAGGCUUUUUAAAAGGCUAUCUGUUAACCUAUAGAGACUAACAGAGCCCACCACUAGAAGCCAGGCUCCAGAGACCCUGCUCCAGCCGCAGCUGGGCUCGGUGUCGCGGUUUAUCCGGUGUUAGUGGAUUCAGAGGAUGGUGUUUACGGGAGCCUGUUAGCACAUUAGCUCUGAUUAGCUGCAGGUUCACUCUACUGACAUGGAGUUCCACGCAGGAGGAGGCGGAGCAGCUAUGGUUCUGAGUGGGGGGAACGUCCCGGCCUUCCUGACCAAGCUGUGGACCCUGGUGGAGGAUCCGGACACCGACCAGCUCAUCUGCUGGAGCCCGAGCGGAACCAGCUUCCAUGUGUUUGAUCAGGGCCGUUUCUCGAAAGAGGUUUUACCAAAAUUCUUCAAGCACAACAACAUGGCCAGCUUCAUCCGACAGCUUAAUAUGUACGGUUUCCGUAAGGUGGUGCACAUUGAACAGGGUGGUUUGUUGAAACCAGAGAAAGAUGACACCGAGUUCCAGCACCCAUUCUUCAUCAGAGGACAAGAUCGCCUAUUGGAGAACAUCAAACGCAAAGUCACCAAUGUGUCGUCAGUCCGUCAAGAGGAAGGGAAGAUGUCUUCAGACGAAGUGAGCAAGAUCCUGAACGAUGUUCAGCUGAUGAAAGGAAAACAGGAAACCAUUGACUCCAGGAUAAUCGCCAUGAAACAUGAGAAUGAAUCUCUGUGGAGGGAAGUAGCCAGUUUGAGACAGAAACAUGCUCAACAACAGAAAGUUGUCAACAAGUUGAUCCAAUUUUUGGUGUCUCUAAUCCAGACCAACAGGAUUAUGGGAGUCAAGCGGAAGAUUCCUCUGAUGCUCAAUGACUCUAGCUCUACCCAUUCUCUGCCUAAAUACAGCCGGCCCUUCUCAUUGGACCACGUGCAGGCUGCAGCCAGUCCUUUCUCAGCUGAGUCUCUGUUGAAUUCUGGGCCAGUCAUCUCUGACAUCACUGAGUUGGUCACACACACCCCGGAGGAAGUCGUUGGUGAUUGCGCUGAUCCAAGGCAGAUCCAGCUAGCAGAUAUUAAACAGGAGCCGUCCAGUCCUGAGGUUGAGGAGUGUCCUGUUCUGGAGGAAGAGUCUGCAAGUGUAGAGACGCCACUUUCCCCCACCACCUUCAUCAACUCCAUCCUCCAGGACGAAACACCACCAACACCAGUCAGCUCCACUAUAAGCCCAACAGCCAGUUCCAUUGUUGUGAUGAACCCUGCAGCCACCGGGUCCGUUUCAACAGCACCAGCCAACCAGUUACCAGGCCUUGCUGCUACAAACUCUGCAGUUAACCCCACGAUGGCUGAGAAGAAAUGUCAGACUGUCGCCUGCAUUGGCAGAUUCCUCCCUCCCCCCUCUGCAGAUGGGCUCCCAUCUGAUGUUUGGCGCAUCGUAUCAACACAACCUGAGAAAUUGUCACUGAGCGCCACCUCUCACUCGUCACAAAACAAAGCGGCGUCUGCCAGAAAUACUCAAGUCAGGGGACUGCAACACGAUGAGUCAAGAGUCACGGCACGGUGUGAACUCUCUAAUCACGUUGACAGCAUCGACAACGGUUUGGAAAACCUGCAGAACAUUUUAAACUCACAGACCUUCACCUUUGAUGCAGCUCCGCUGAUGGAGUUCUUCGGUUCGUCCAGUGCCGUUGGAGACUUCGACCUUGAUAGUUUGGACAAUCUGCUGUCUGACGAACCCCCAAGAGACAGUGACAUUAACACAGGGAAGCAGCUGGUCCAGUACACGGCCUCACCGUUCCAGGUGUCUGAACCAGCCGGUCUGGGGGAGGUCGGGGCCGACCUGCCGUCCCUGCUGGAGCUGGAGACGGAGCCGUUCUUCGGCUCCGACACGCCCACCGACGACCCGGCCGACGCCCUGCUGAGGCACACCCACCUGGACUCUAACCUCUGACCCCGGGAAUGUGCUGACUCGUCUGCAACCACGGCAACAGAACACCGAGUACUGACUCAGCAGCAGCAAUAGUUGAUGACAUUAAUCGGUUGUAGAUCAAUCAUUAGAAAACAGGUCAUGCUUUUAUUACACAGAUGUUAUUGAUUGAUAUUAAUCCAUUUCUAUACUUGUUUUAUUUUACUCUUUGUUUUAGAUUGUUUUGUUUCCUGCAAAUUGAAAUCCUUUUGUUUUGUUGCUUGUUGUAAAAGAGAGAUGAAAACAAAAAAAAAGAAGAGAAAGGGGUUCUUAGUGACUCUGGGUCAUGUGUUCACAUGACCCAGAGUCACUCAGUGCUCUGUAGAUUCAAGUCAGAUUUUAUGGUUGUAUUAGUUUUGACAAUUUAAAUAUAAAGAAGAGAGUCUGAAUAUUUUUGGAAGAGUUUAUUAUAUUACAAAGUGUUUUUCCCUUUUUGCAUCACCUUUGGUACCAUGGAAACGACAGACAGAGACACGAGCUGCAUACGACUAACUGGAGUAUAAAUGUGCUGCAUACCGGUCCAGGAGUUACGUCACCAAAACUCCAUUAUGAAGAAGCUCGUCACAGGGGUCAUGUGACUGGCGUCCAGUGUAGUGCUCCGUUGCAUUAUGGGAUACGGUAUGCAAUAUAACCAAGCCAGCUGCACAUUGGACAUUUUUCCAGAAAUUGUUCAUUUGGGUAUUUCUUGCAUACUGCAGAUUGGGCAGGUGCACAUAACCUGCAAUACAGAUACUACAUUUUUGGUCAAACGUAGGACAUGCCAAAAGAGUAGUAUGCCAAUUUAAGAAUGCCAGAUGAGCAGGUUUGCUUUGAUGAUUUUCCUUGGACUUAAGUUAAAUCCACUUGCAACAAAUGACUUUGGGAUGUUUUCACUACUGCUUUCCCGCUGCUUCAGCCGUUCACCUGAUGAUCUCUGCUCAACCGACACAGUGCUGGAGACCAGAGGGACAUGAUUUUAAGCGCUGCGGCAGUUCUGAGAGCUUCCAAAGUGCAGAUGACCUAACGCUCAGCGCCGCACAGACACAUCCCUGUUAAACAGUUGGAACUGCAGCUCUUUAACAUGCUUUGUUGAAUUUAGACUUGUUACAGUAGAGACAGUCCACUUAUGGCUACGGUCAACUGCACUAAGAAAAAUCCUGUCGCGUCAGUAGUGGCUCAGAUUGUGUGUCAGACAACUGUGACUGUUAUUUCAAGUAUUAUUCCUCAGCAUUUCAAAUGUUUAUUAUUCAAAUAAACAUAUCUAAACAGUUUCAUACAGUGUGUUCACAAUCAGGAUCAGCAAGCUGAUCUCAAGUCAUUUCUACGUACUGGUUCUAGCGUCAGAUCAGAGCCGAAGCACACUGGUGGCAGAGAUGGUUUUAGGACAUCAGUUCUGGGGAAUCGGAUCGUUCCAGACUGGAUCUGUGACUCAAAUGAGAAACUUCAGAGAACCCCUACAUUUUAGAUUUGAGUUCUUCACAAGUGAGGAUACAUUAAUUUGAAAUUAAAAGAUAAAAUGGAAGCUUGACUGCAGUUCCAAAGAAACAAAGUUAUACUUUUAAGAAUUUUGGUUUUUAAGUUAAAACAUUUCAAGAUGAUUUCAGAAAAUCUUUGAAAAAAGCUGUUUAGUAGACAAAAUGUUUACAUCACUGUAAACCUGUUCUACAUCAAAGAAUCUGCAUUCAGAUGAAAUCUUUCAUUGAUAUACAAUUACGUUUGUAUUACAAUUUCCUUUAAUUAUGCUACAGUAAGGUGACUCCUAAUGUCUAAAGUUUGGUUUCAUUGGUCGGAUUAUCUGUGAGUUUGUUGGCAUCUUUACAGACAGAAAGCCGCCUGCAGUGUAAAAGCCUUUAUUAUCAAUAUAUCAACGUUUGUUUAAUAACUGCUUUCUAUUCAGAUAUAAGCCAUCUAUUUAAUGUAACAUCUGACAGCUUUCCUAAUGCCAGUUAGAGGGCGAUUGUGAUUAACAAAGAUGGGGUUUAAAGACACAAAUAUUGUUAAAUGUUUUGAAUGCAAAACUUUGGUUUAAUAAAAUGAUUUAAAUACAG